AGCUUUGGAAUGAGGCAUUGAAAGUAAAAAUUCCAUCUGGAAGGAUCAAAGAUGUUUACAUAAAACACCUAGCAGACAGUUUACGAACUAUUUUGCAGAAAAUGGGUUCAGAAGAAGAACUGAUUGAAAUUUACUGUGAUCACUCAGAUUCAUUUGUGGGAGUAGUGCAAGAAAUUCUCAGUAAAGUUGCUUUAAAUGCUGUUGGCAAGUGUAAAAACUUCAAGUUCAGAAAAAUCAAGGAUGAAAGAUGUAACAUGCGUUUAGGAGAGCUUUUGUCUUGUGUGUUUGAGAUGAGCUGGGAUGUAAAAAAUCUGGAAAAUUAUCAACAAGCACUUAAUCAUGCUGUUACCUGGGGACCAUUUCCUACAUAUAUGGAGCUUUACUGUAAAACUCCAGAUGCUUUGAGUGGUUACUGUCAAGAAUUACUGAAAAAGUUUGUAGAUAUCAUCCAAGAUUACAUUCAGCAGUUAUUGACAGGAAACAUUGUUAUUCAAGACUUAAUAAACUUGUCUAACAAACACGACAAUUUUCAAAAGGUGUUAACUGCCAUGAAAAUAGAAAAUGCAGAAAACAUCAUGAUGACAAUAAAAGUACGAAUAAAGGAGUUUGAUGCAUUUAAAAUAGCAGUUCAAAUUAUUCAACAAUUUGUGUAUUACAGUAAGCAGUGUAAAGCCGAUACUUCCAUCAUGGAAACAAAACUGAGAGUCUUUAGCAAUCCAGCUAUGGUCCCUCUGAGCCAACUUGUGAAGACUGUGAUGUUAGAAGAUUUAAAAAAUGAUAUAGAACAUUAUCAUCCAAUUGUAACUGUAUUUGAACUUAGUUCUGAAGACUUAGCAAUACUACCAAAAAUUCCAGCUUACUGUAAAGGGUUUCUUUUUUUGAAAAUAUGGGAAAAGAAAGGAAUAGAGUUAGAAAGAAAGAAUGGAAAAUUGCUACCUUUGAAUGAAGUUUUUUUUAAAGUUUGGCAACCAUCACUUGAACUAUGGCAGAAUUUGUGUAUCCAAUUAAAAUCAGGGGACAUGUUGUUCUCAGAAUUUGAAAAGUGGUUUAGAGAAAUUGGAGGAAAUAAUGCUGAUUUGAAAAAAGAAUUUUUACAUAUUGAAAGCUUUGAAAAUGUAGCAAAUGCAAAUUGGAUCAAGGAGAGACUGUUUCAGAUAGAAAAGCACAGGGAUUUGAAAAGCUGUUUGUACGGAGCAGAAGCUAUUAUGGAGGUAGUGAAUGUAUAUGAACUGAAAGGGAAUUUUACUCAGAUUCAGGAUAUUAUUGGAUUGACGGGAGGUGCUGAUACUAGCAUGAGGAAACUGGAUAACAAUCUACUAGCUACUUGCUCCAUACUUGGAAAAGUUACUAAGGAAAGGGCUGAAUGUCUUAAGGCAUUUAUCAAAUGUAAACCACUUGUUGAUUGGCUAACGGAAUCUAUGCCAGCUGGCUUGAAGGAGUUAAAAGUAUUUGUAGACUUAGCCAGUAUAUCAGCUGGGGAAUUACCCUAUGAGAUUGCCAAGGUCAACUGUUUACAUUCUGCUACAACUGGAUAUGCUCCACUCAUCUUCAAUUUAGAAAAAAAAUGUGACACAGAAUUAUUCCUAAAAAAAUGUGAAGAAGUGUGGAAGGAACUGGAAUCAAACUGUACACUUCCUGAAAAACUGGUUCGCACCACACAACAACUUGAAUGGUUACAAUCAGUGAAAAAAUCUCAUGGAUCAGUAGAGGUUACCUCCCUUGCUCAGACAGAAGCUAUUAAUGGAAAGGGCAUCUUCCAAAUAGGGAACUUGAUGAAAACAGGCACUCUCAAAAGCCCAGAAUUAUCAGAUGUAAUAGAGUUAUUUGUUCCCAAAGAGGAAGGAAGUGAGGGUGAGAAGAAACACUACAGAUAUGAUCAGUUACAUGACCUUAAGUCACGACUUAUGUUAGUCGCUGGCAAAGCUGAGAGAGGCAAAGAUGAUGUUGACAGAUUCAUGUGGAUUCUGGAUUCAGUGGAGAGACUUGGUAGAUUUUAUUCCAAGCUUGUCACAGAGGGAUGUGUACUGUUUUCACAUUGGAAUGUGAAGUUCUUAUGUGAUCAAGAAUGUAUAGCAUGUGCUUUUAUAAACUUUGGUGCCGAAGGAGACAGACAGACAUUGAAAGGGAGAGUAGAUGAUGCAAAUAAAGAUGUCAGUGAUAUUAUUCCUCAACUGGCUAGAUUUCUGGAGCAGUGUCAUAACAAAUGGCUGGAGUAUAUUGACCAAACAAGGGACAAAUAUUACUGCUUGAACAACUUCACAAUUGACCAAAUGGUGAUUUUACAACAAGAACUUGUGAAAGUAGGUUCUGACAAAGAGCCAUCAGCUCUGAUUUAUCCAUUGUUGUCUGCUGUAAAGCAAGGGUGUAAGAAAGAAGACUUGGUGAAAGCCAUGACUGCAGCCAAGGCUGAUAUUGAUAAUGCCAAGGAAGAGAGAAAAGCAGAAAUGGAGACCACAGAUAGUGAUGAGAUUUUGGUUGAAGAACAACCAGAAGAUUUGAAAGUACAGAAAUUUAUAGAAGAAAUGGCAAGUGCUGGAUAUUCUCCUCUAAUUGCAAGGGAAGCCUUGAAACAUGUUGAGUCUGACAAUGUUGAUGAGGGAUUAGUUUGGUGUAUGACCAAUGAAGAUGAUUUCAAGCCAGAAGAACAAAAUGAAGAUCAUGCUGAGAGAGAGGAAGUGUUUACAGGAUGGAUAAAGACAGACCAAUCCUUAGCUUCUGUUACAAAAGGUCUUGUUCAUGACCUGGGAAGUGCCACUAGAGAAAAUGCUGUAGAGAAAUUAAUCAAAACUCUGGAGGAACUAUGGAAGAAUUUUCUGAUGUCCGUGUCAUCUAGUGUUUCUGACUAUCUUAGUGUGGAACAUCUAGGCAUGAUUUUAAAUAGACUUGCUGAGCAAGAAACAUUCACUGUAGAAAGAACAUUGUUGCCAUGUUUUGCUUCUUCAGAACCUAACCUUAUAAUUUGUCCACAAAGUGAAAUCUACAACACAGUAUUGUCAAUAUACAGCCAAGAAGUGGACAGACCUUUACCACAAUCAGAUGAGGUUCUCUUGUGUACACCGCACACUACAUUGGAUAUGCUUGAAACAUUCUGGAGAAGAGCAUUAUAUGCUGACAAUAGUAAAAUCUACUGCCUUGUCAAUGCUGAUCUGCUGGAUUAUGAUGUCAGUGAUAAGGGAGAGAAAUCUUUGGAAAGACACAUGCAAAAUGCUAAAAAAAGAGACAUACAGUACCGACUUGUAGUUAUUUGUAGUAGUGAAAAUGAAUACAAAUCUAGAAUAGUAGCAGCUCUUGACAAAUACCACAAGAGCCCUUUAAACACAGAGGUGUCCACUAUAAGGAAGUACCUGCUGGCAAAAUUAAAGUUUGAUGAGGAGAACAUCACAAGAUCAGCAUCUGUCGUAGAUUAUGAACGAUGUAGUGUCCGUGUUGUAAAGUCAUGGAGAGCUGGUAUUGGGAAGACAUUAUACAAGACAAGAAUGGUAGAGAAUUUACAGCAACAAGUUCCAAACAUGGAAAACAGUAUCACUAUUCCACUUCAUGAAAAGACAUUGAAUAAUGAUGAAAUUAUGGACAUCUUCAAAGACGAAAUUUCACCCCCACAAAAUUAUAGACCAAGGAUAUUUCAUAUAGAUAUUUCACAUGAGGUCCAGGAGGGAGUAGAUGCUUUUCUGUUUCAAUUGUUGAUACUCGGCUGUUUAGGCCAUAGUUCUGGAUAUGUGUGGAGAAGAUCUGAGUUGGACUACUACAUCAUCGAGUCUAUGCCACUGUUGGCUAGGGACACAGAUGCAAAAGUCAAAGAGAUAGGAAAGCUGAAAUGUUUACAUCAUUGCUUGGACAUUCUACCAUAUGUAACCUGUAGAUCUCCUCAGGAUAGUCUGGAUAUACUCAAUAAUACUAGAAUACCAAAAGACCAUACCACUCAUGAUAGACUUUUUGAUCACAUUGAAUUUCAAAGUGCCACAUUCCAAAGACCAUACCAGUAUCUAAAGAGACUAGAUAACAACCAGAAACUUGAUGGUGUGGACCCUGACAAGGUUGAAGGAGAUGAGAGAAACUGCUUGACAAUAUUAAUCAGUCACUGUGGUAUACAAGAUCCAUCUUGGUCUGAGUUGUAUCAUUUUGUCAGCUUCCUAAACAAACAGUUACAAGACUUUGAGGUGUCAGCUUUCUGCGGUCUAGCAGCAAUGGAGGAUUUACCAGGAUUUUCCAAGUUUGUUCUCAGAUUUUUGAUACAGAUGUCUAGGGAUUUUUCCACAAGAUCAUUAGAAGUAAGUGAGGAGUCACCAAUACAGAUGUUAAAGAGAGAAAUAAGUCCUGAGGAGGGGGAUGAUGAUGUCGUUCAACAAUACAAGAUGAGGCGAACUUGGGAAACUAGUCCACAUCCAUACUUGUUCUUCAACCCAGACCAUCACAGUAUGACAUUCCUUGGAUUUAACAUAGAAAAAAGAACAGGAAACUUAGUUGAUUUACAGACAGGGACAGUCUUAGAAAAAGCAAUUAUGCAAAAAAACUUAUUUGAUGCACUUCAAAGAAACAAGGUCAACCUGGCAGAAAACUUUGAUGCUCUUAAAAGAUCUGAACAAAUUACUAAGCUAUGUAAUGUUAUGGGAUUAGAUACACCACAUGACCCUGAUGAGACGUAUGAACUGACCACAGAUAAUGUGAAAAAAAUACUGGCUAUUUAUAUGAGAUUCAAAUGCCAUAUACCAGUUAUCAUUAUGGGAGAAACAGGAUGUGGUAAAACUCGUCUUAUCAAGUUUAUGUGUGCACUACAGCAACCUCCUGGGAUUAAAGUGGAAAAUAUGAUUCUUAUGAAGGUACAUGGUGGUACAAAACCUUCUGACAUUGUUAAAAAGGUCCAGUUAGCUGAAGUAGUUGCCAUGGAUAAUGCACAGAAGUAUAAAAACAUGGACACUGUAAUCUUCUUUGAUGAAGCUAAUACAACUGAAGCCAUUGGUGUUAUCAAGGAAAUCAUGUGUGACAAAUCACUUGGAGGGAAACCAAUUAAUCUUCACGAGAGAUUGAAAAUAGUGGCGGCUUGUAAUCCAUAUAGAAAACAUUCUGAUGAGUUGAUAAAGAGAUUAGAACAGGCUGGACUUGGUUAUCAUGUUGAUGCUGACAAAACAACAGAUAAACUUGGGCGUGUACCAAUGAGAAGAUUGGUUUACAGAGUUCAGCCACUCCCGCAAAGCAUGCUGCCGCUUGUUUGGGACUUUGGACAACUGAAAACAGAAGUAGAGGAGAUGUACAUAAAACAGAUGGUCCGUAGAUAUGUAAAGAAUGGAGAACUCCCUGACAUUCAAGGAUUGGAGACAGUCUUAAGUAAGAUACUGACUGUAUCUCAAGACUUUAUGAGACAACAAAAGGAUGAGUGUAGUUUUGUUAGUUUGAGGGAUGUAGAGAGAGUCCUACAAGUGAUGAGUUGGUUCUUUAGACAGAGUAAUGAGGACCAGUUGCUGUUUAGGAGAAUGAGAGGUGAAUUAGAGGAUUCUGAUUCUGAUUCAGAAACAGACUCAGAUGAUGAAUCAAAAGAAGAAAUAUUCCAGCCUCAGAUAAAUGAGAUCACUAGAUCAUUGGUUCUUGCUCUUGGAGUUUGUUAUCAUGCUUGUUUAAAAAAUCGAGAAGAGUACAGAGAUACAGUAGCCAAGUAUUUUAUACAACCAUUACUACUGGUAGGAGGAGCUGACUUAGUAGAAGAGGAAAUUUCAAAUUGUCAGUCUGUGUUCUUGGAUAGUGUUAGCUUAGCACCAAACAUAGCGAAGAACCAGGCUUUAAAGGAGAAUGUAUUUAUGAUGAUAGUGUGUAUAGAGCUGAGAAUUCCUAUGUUCUUGGUUGGUAAACCUGGAAGUUCUAAAUCUCUAGCUAAGACCAUAGUAGCUGAUGCCAUGCAGGGAAAUGCUGCUCAAGAUGAACUAUUCAAAAACUACAAACAGGUUCAGAUGGUAUCAUAUCAGUGCAGUCCCUUAUCGGUACCAGAAGGCAUAGUGGGUAUGUUUAGACAAUGUGCUAACUUCCAGAAAGAUAAACCACUUGAUAGAUUUGUGUCAAUAGUUGUAUUGGAUGAAAUUGGUUUGGCUGAAGAUUCUCCAAGAAUGCCUUUGAAGACUUUACAUCCUCUGUUGGAAGAUGGAUGCCCUGAUGACGAAAAACCAGAAAAAUAUAAAAAGGUUGCCUUCAUUGGUAUAUCAAACUGGGCCCUGGAUCCAGCCAAAAUGAAUCGUGGUAUCCUGGUACAGAGAGAAGUGCCUGAUAUAACAGAACUCAUCGAAAGUGCUGAGGGAAUCUGUACUACAAAAAGACAAAAGAUAUUGAAGUAUAUAAAACCACUGAUUCCAGAUCUAGCGGAGUCUUACUUAGCCCUGUUUACAGAAGCAUCCACAGAAAUGAGAGAAUUCUUUGGCCUCAGAGACUUUUACAGUUUGUUGAAAAUGUUGUAUGGUUUCCUGUCCAGAUCUAAGAAGAAACCCUCAUGGCUUCAACUAAAGCAUUCAAUCCUUAGAAACUUUGGAGGAUUAGAAAAUGUCAAACCAGUUGACAUUUUCUACGAUAAAUUGGCACAUCUUGUUGACAAAGAUGAGGAGCCAAGAGAUGAUGAUCCAGACUGUUCAUCAGCAGGAAUGAUUCAGGCAUGUCUGACAGGGGACAAGAUGUCAAAUAGUGAGACAAGAUACAUGUUGUUACUGACAGAGAAUUAUGGAGCCCUGACAAUAUUACAACAGAAAAUCUUUACCAUGGAGAAUGCUGUUGUUAUAUUUGGUAGUAGCUUUCGAAGUGAUCAAGAAUAUACACAGGUGUGUAGAAAUAUAAACCGCAUCAAAGUUUGUAUGGAGACUGGGAGUACAGUUAUCUUGUUAAACUUGGAGAAUCUAUACGAAAGUCUGUAUGAUGCACUCAACCAGUAUUAUGUUGAGUUUGGUGAUGAGAGAUAUGUAGACUUAGGACUUGGAACACACAGAGUAAAAUGUAGAGUACAUAGAGCAUUCAGACUGAUUGUAGUAGCAGAGAAACAGAUUGUAUAUGACAAGUUUCCUAUACCACUGAUCAACCGACUGGAGAAACAUUUCUUGUCGUUGAAGACCAUGCUGACACCUUAUCAGUUAGAGCUAACAGUCAGGUUACAGACAUGGGCACAACAGUUCUGUGAGGUCAAAGUUCCCUUAGACUUGAGAUACUUGAUAAAAAAGAAAGAGAGUAAAAAAAAAGGGGAUGUUUUUAUGGGUUACCAUGAUGAUACCUGUGCUGCAAUAAUUCUACAUGUUUGUCAAGAACUAAAAUGUACAGAAUUAACUAUAGCACAAAUGGAGAAACAGAUAAUGACAGAUGCAGAGACGAUACUUUUAUGGUGUGCAACACCUUCAGCUGUGGUUGAUCUUGAAGAUGAACAGUUUUUGUACACAUAUUUCUUGGAUCAGCACCAUGAAAGCCUAGAGGAUUAUAUGCAUUAUAAGAUAGUAGAACAGAAACUAUGCAGCAUUCGUUCUCAGAUCACAACUAAUUCCAAGUUGCUCUCAGUAGCAGAUAUUGAAAUCCUGUGUAAAGUUAUACCAAUUCAGAGAAAGAAUGUAGAAUUACUGAAUCUUCAAUCAUUUGAUACAGAACAACAGUUUAGCAGACAGAUCAAGGCAUUCUUUGACAAAGAAGAUACUACUGGAGACCUUCUAUUGAUUAUACAAUGUGACAGUGGUGAUCAGAACAAUGACUUGAUAGCAUGUGCAAGAAACGCUUUACAGGAUGAAUUACAACAGAUACAUGACCAGACAUUGAACAUCCAUGUGGUGUUUCUAAUACAGCUGCCAGGGAUAGCUGGAAGUAGCUUUACUGGUUUCCAGUGUGGGUUAUGGCAUUCUGUUCACAUAGAUGACAUCCACCCUCCCCCAUUGGAGCUACCCUCUAUUUCUGAUAUGUAUGGAAUGUCUGUUAGUGCUCUAUUAGACUCUAAUGGAGAUAACCUCAGCUUAAGGGAAAGACAACCUGAAGAACAAGAUCGUGAACGACUGGAAACAGCAGAGGAUAUAGAUUUGACAGACAUACACUUAGAAGAAAAGAUUAGUAAAAGAAGUUUUGCACCAACGAGACAGUUUAACAUUGAAUAUUUAAUAGAGAAAUGUAUUCAGCCUGCUGUAGGAAAUGUGAAAGACUCGGAAUCUGAAUCUUCAAGAGCUAUCGAAAGACUAACGUUAAUUCUAAAUUGUAUACACAAUGAAACAGGUGAACUGACCAUCUUGUCUGGACUUGCAAAACAUUUAACCUGUAUCCUGAAGGAAAAAGAGAAGAUUGCCCAAAGAGUAAAUAACUGGCUGGCCAGAGAAGCUGCUAAACCAGAAAAUGUAAACAGAGCUGGCACUUUUAGGAACUUUGCCCUUCAAUGUCUAGAAUCUAAAGUUAUUCCUGUUUUAGCUGGUAUUAUAGCCUUCAUCGACACAAACAAAAAUCUAGAUAUACUAGCUAAUACAAACCGCAAUGAUUGGCAGUUCAAUCUUUGGUCUCAAAUUCUAAAUGAUCCAGAAUUGACCAAUCUGAAAUAUUCAUUAAUGGUAUCACCAACAAGACAAAAAGAACUGCAUGAAGUUUCUGUGAAAACAACAUCCAUGGAUGGAAAACUGUUCUCAGCCUGUAUGCCAUUUUCCUGGAUUAUUUUUAGUCAGAUUGAAGAAGUUUUGAGAAAAACAAUUGAUGCAAAAGAUAUCAAAGACACUGAUUUUGAUGUGGUGGUGAAGGCUUCAGAAAUCUUCCAGUCUAUACCAUUGGGUAGACUUCUAGAUAGUAUAGAGAGCACAUAUAUCCAUGAUGUUCUAAAGGCAUAUCUUAAAGAUUUCAUUCAUAUGGUUUAUCCUGUGCAGUCAGAGGAGGAAUGCAGUCUGAUGUGUGAAAGUGUAGUGAUUGGAUGUCGACAACUGAUUCAUGGAGAGUUUGGAAGAAUGCUACCCUCAAUUGUAGGAUGUCACAUGACUUUUAUUCAACAUGACACAAGGUUUAAAAACUUUUCAAACAUUGUACAUGUAUGGCCAGAAUGCAGCCAGAAAACACUGGAUUAUCAACAGAAACAGUCUACAGCUUAUUUAGUCACUCAGGACGAAAUUACUAUAGAUAUACUAGCACUUCACAUGUUAAUGGGUAAACUUGAGCCACACAGAGAAGAGCUGAAUAUGACAGAAGGUCGGACAAAAUGGAUGAGACUAAUGUGUGAUUACAGACCAGUUGUAGAAAGGAUUUUUGGACAUUUUAAUCAGGAAUUUGAGGACAAAGACUGUCAAUAUGGAGAGAGGUGUGCAAAAGGAAUAGAAGAAGCAAGGUGUCAGUGGACCAGAGCAGUGGUGGUGAAGUUAUUGAUAGAACAUGUAUGCAGUACUGGAAAGGAAAAUCUUGAUAUCAAACGAUGUAUGACACUCUGGGGUUUGCUCAGAGAGAAGGCUGAUAUGAAAACCAUCCAGUCACUCCAGAAAGUUGAAAGUUUCUUGAAACUCUGCAACAAGGACAUAGCAACACAGUGCUUUGGCCAGCAAGACAAAUGUACUCAGUGUGAGAUGAUGAUAGAGGGAGCUCCAGUCAGACUUCCUUGUGAGCAUGUGGUAUGUAGAAAAUGUUUCCAUGGACUUGUAACUACAGAAGACUUUACAUGUCCAAAACAAGAGUGUCAGGAGAUAUUCCCAAAAGAUUUGGACCCUAGUACUUCUGAUACAAAGUUGGAAAUGAAAAAGUACUAUGACUUCAGGAGAAGAUGUAAUAGUUUCUUUAUGGAGGUUGUAUCACAGCUGUGUUUUUCUGGUGGAACACCACCGUCCAAGGAAGUCAUAGAUAAACUCUUGUCAUAUAUCACUGGUCAUAGUAGGACCAAGAGGGCAGAGAGAAUUGUGUCAAAAGAACUGACCAUAUUUGAAGAUUCUAUUGACCCCACACCAGUCGUGAGGUCAUUCCUCUUACAGCAGUUGAUGCAGACAAGCAGUGACAAUGAAAUACAUCAGUACUUAUCAGCCUAUUUUACCAGUGCUAGUGACUUAGUCAAGACCUCUGGGGAUCCUCAUCAGUUGGUGGAGUUAUGUCUCCUUGUUCUGCAGUGUAUGGAGGAUUCAUUGCACCAGCAGUUUGACCAAGAUGAACAGAUUGCUGCAGCAACUCAGAUGUUAAGGGAGGCUGUUUCAAACAUUUCAAGUGAUAUUGACAUUUUGGACAAAAUAGGACAUAUUUCUAGAGUCAGAUUUUCACUGACUGUUGUUGCCAAAUAUAUUCAUAAAUUGUAUGGAACAUCAAAGAAAUCCAUGCCUGAUGCCUCCAUGAGAAGUCUUUUUGAGGAAGCAGCAAGACUUUGUGAUGAAUGUAAUUCACCAUGGCCAAGAAGAUACUUUGUAAAGCAAUUGUGUAGACAGUAUGGGAUAGACAAUUACCAGACAAUAGUGGCAAAAAGUGAAUCAGGACUGUUACGAUGGGUCAAUCUACCAGAACUUAAAGGACGACAGGUUGAAGAAUGCCAUGAUAGAUAUAUAGUUCUGGGAGAUGACUACAAACUACUAAGGGAGACUAUAGUUACAACAUUGUUAAGUGGACAGAUUGAAACACUGGAGAAGAUUUUACUGAAUCCUAGUAAAAAAUGGCAGACUAGAAUAAAGUUAUCACUGGCUAUACACAGAGAGAUCUGCAUGAAGAAUGUAUACAAUGAAGAUCGACAGGAAUUAACUCUCAAGGGAAAGACCGUUCUAAGUGAACACUUAAUGAACCAUGCCUUGGUGAAAAAUAAGGAGUUUACAGAGAGAUUACUGAAUAAUUCUGUGUGGAAGUAUGUAGGAAAUAUAACCAAAGGAAUGGAUCUAGCAGAACAAAAUAUUUUCUGUCUGUUGACACAUUAUUUUACUCUGAUGUCAGAGAUUCCAGGGGAGAGAACCCUACUGACACCACUAAAGAAAAUAGCACUAGAGUCUACCAGUAUGGUGGGUUCAUAUUACCCAACUAUGCCACAGGACGACUUUAUAGAUUUACAGAAAGCUCUUGCUGCAGAAAAAACAAAAAACCCAGAUGAUUACGACCUUGCAUUUUAUAGAUGUCCAAAUGGCCAUGGAUAUGUUAUUGGUAAUUGUGGAAAUCCUCAAGAGAUUAAAACCUGCAGAGGUUGUGGAGAGAAAAUAGGGGGAGAAGGUCAUAAAUUGCUGGCCGGUAAUGUCAAGGAUACUGGAGUUGAUAGAACAGAGACAGGACAUACAUUAGGAAGAGCAUCCAAAUUAGACCCUGUAACUGGACCAGAAAGGAAGUUAAACAGAACAUCAGUGGCAGUUCUUAGACUGUUGACACAUAUCUCUAUGUAUUUGGGAGCAAAUAUAAACCUGCAGGCAGUUUGUCAGUCCAUCAAACCUAAUAUAGAGGAAACUGAAGUUUGCGGUUAUAUACUGGAACACAUUGACCUUGAUUUGACCUCUCUACAAAAUAUUCUGGGUAAAAAUAGAGAUGAUGUCAUGUUGCUGAUGCACUAUCUAAUGGUACAGAUCAUGGUUAGUCAUACAGCAGCUGUUAUAGCUGACAAUCAUUCCCCAGAGAUUUGUGGAUUGGUUAGUAAAGAAUCCAGAUCUGAAUGGGAGGAGCUAUUUGCUGGAAAGUUUAUAUUACCAGUUUUACAGGAUAUGGAGAACAUCUUAAGAGAAAGCAAUCAAAGAAUACUGAAUGAUGAAAGACUUGGAGCUGAUCCAUUGCUACAGAUAUUGUAUGAAACAGACAUAGCCCCAGAGGGUCAGGAUAUGGUGAACUUUCAUGACAUACCUGCAGUGUGGAGAUAUAGAGAACUGAUUUCUGUUAACCAUCUUAGACAGAACCUGGAUACAGUCAAAAUAAACCUACCUGUUCUUCAACUAUUCCUUAAAGAGGAACAUCACCUUAGAGCAAUAAGGUUUAUACCAAGUAUAAUAAAACUACAGAGAAUGUUGAUACAGAAAUAUGGUAGAAAGUUGGACAGAGCAGAAGCUACAACCUUGACCAUUGCCGAUGUUAAACAGAAAAUGGAUGAAGAUAGAAAACUGAAAGAAUUUGAAUUCUUGUUGAAAGAUUUCACAGAAGCUUGGAAUUGUGUCAAAGAAUCUUUGGAGACCUAUUCAUGUCCAGCUGAUGGAAAUUUAGUGAUGAUUGACAAGGCCUACUGUAGGUCAAAGUUCACAGAUGAUACACCUGUGUCUUAUUUGAUUCCAACAUAUCAGGACGCAGGGCUUUGUUCUUAUGUUUUGUUGUUUUUCCUGUUAGAAAAGCAGGAUUUGUUUUUGCAAAGUUAUUGUUCUCAGAGAAAAUUGAAGGCAGAAAGUCUUCCAAAAGUUCACGUAAAAGACAUAUCUUCAGCCCAUUUAAUCAGUUACCAUCCAGACAAGGACCUGUUACCCAUGGUGUUGGCUAACUGUAACUAUUCCUUUAAGGUUGGCCAGGGUACUGAGAUAGAAUAUAACUAUGCCAACUUGGAGAGACAAUUAAUGGAUAGAUUUCUCUUCUCAAAAUCUUUUAUAAAAGGAUAUGGAGAGAUAGAAACCAUCAUAUACAGAUCUGAAUCUACCAAUGCUAUUGUUUUCAAAACCUUAUGUGACAAGAUUCCACAGGAAAGAUUACACCAUGCAGUACAAAGUCAGAUUUGUGGAGAGUUACGUACCAAAUCAUUCCCUGAAUUAUGUGAGAGUCUGGAUAAAUUAGACAUUGCCAUUAGUUUCCUCAAGUCUGUAGGAUCAGACCCUGAGAGCUCUCUGGCAGACUUCAUGUCUAACAUCAAGAUAGAUAACCCAUUUCCAAGUCCAAAGGCUAAGCAGUCUAGCAAGUGUAAACAUACCAUGUCUCUAUGGAUUUUAUUUGCUCUAGAGAGAGCGAGGACUCUAUCUAAAUACGAAAAGAAAGCUUUUGAAAGUAUAGGAGAGACUUUCAGAACAACCCUGACAGAAGACCAGACAAAGAUAAUAGAAGAAAUUUUGAAGAGCCUUACUGUAGAACAAAUUAGUGAAGUGGUGGAAUUAUUGUUUGAAUGUAUUGUUCUAAAGAUAGAUGUUCCACAGAACCCAGAGGAUGAAGAUUACUUUGACAUGUCUAAAAUGAAUUUGCGAGAUGCUUUAAUUGGAUACCAAGACUCCUGUCCCUUUGAAGGCAAACAGCAGAUUGAAGAUACAACUAUGAAUGUCUUAGGUCAAAUACCGUCAGACUUAGAAGAUCCAAACAGGGUGCUGACUGCCCACUCUGUCGAGUUCUGGAUCCUUGCCAAUAAAAUAUGCGCAAGCAAACAUCAAAGGAGACAUUGAUGAUACCAUAUAUAGAAACUUGAUUGGAUUUAUAAACUUUUAAAACUUGUUUUGUAGAUAUAGAAUAUAUUUAUAUGUAUAUAUGAUUACAGAAAUAGGAUUUAACGAUCAGUGAUAAGAAUAAGCAUAUCUCUAUGCAUUCAUACCAUUAAAAUUUCAGUAGUGUCAAUGAGGGUUAAAUUAAUGUUUUCAUUUUUUUUGUGAAAUAGUGAUAUUGGUUGUAUUUGCCAAUUUCGAAGACCACUGAAAAUUUUGUUUUAUUUUUAUGUAAUUCUAAAUAUACAUAAUGAAUCUCUUGAUUCUCCAUUAAACCUAGAUCUUUAAAACUACACUGGUAUAUUACACACAUUUUGUGCACCUGUUAUGGAAUAGUUUGAGAUUUGUUUUUCCAGUCUUGGGAGUACUGUAAUUGUUCUGUAAAUUUUCCAAGAGAUUAUACCGCCUUUUUUUUCCUCACCCAAUUCUUUCAAACUUCAUAGAAAAGAGGUUGUGCAAAUUCAGUUAUUGAUAGAUAAAGGAAGAUGUGGUGUGAGUGCCAAUGAGACAACUCUCCAUCCAAGUAACUAUUUAAAAAGUAAAUUAUAAAAGGUUAAAGAACGGCCUUCAACACAGAGCCUUGGCUCACACCGAACAACAAGCUAUAAAGGGCCCCAAAAUUACUAGU